GAAGUUGAAAGAAAAAUCCAGAAGAAGAAACCAUAUUUGCUGUACACUGCACACGUGAUGGUUUACGUACAUUAUACAUACAUACCUCCUAAACUAUCGGUGGAUCCAAGAUUAUCCUAAUUCUUCGAUCACCCUUUAAAGACCUAUCCAUUACCAGAAUCAAACGUCUUCAUUUUUCUCUCCAUUUUCUUCCAACAACGUAACCAUAUAUAAUGGCUGUUCUUGUUUCGGAACUGCCCGUUCUUGAUCAACUCCCAGAAAACGCUACAUUGUCCUUCUCAACCUCUUCCUCGCUCGCCCAAGGUGGAGAAAAUGGGAACGAUGACGGAAAAAUAUGCGGCGGCCGGAAGGUGUUGUGGAAGAACAAGGAGAAGAAGUUUGUGGUGAUGGGACACCGAGGGAGCGGGAUGAAUAUGCCGGAGUUUUCUGAUCGGAGAAUGAAAGCUAUCAGAGAGAACACACUCCGCUCCUUCCGGAACGCCGGAAAAUUUGAUCUUGAUUUCGUUGAAUUUGACGUUCAGGUAACAAAGGAUGGCUGUCCGGUUAUUUUCCAUGAUGUAUUCCUCUUUAAUGAAGAAAGGGGCGUAAUUGUUGAGAAGAGAGUUACAGACCUGACUUUAGAUGAGUUUCUUUCCUACGGACCUCAGAGGAAUGAACAAAACGUGAGAAAGCCUCUAUACAGAAGAACAAAAGAUGGGAGAAUCGUUGAGUGGGAGGUUGAAGAUGACGAUCAUCUAUGUACAUUGAAAGAUGCAUUUCAGCAAAUCAGUCCUUCUCUGGGCUUUAACAUUGAAUUGAAGUUCGAUAACAACAGGGUUUAUACAGAGGAAGAACUCGUUAGGGUCAUUCAAGAAACCUUGCAGGUGGUGUUUGAGCAUGGCGACGAGAGAUUGAUCAUGUUCUCGUCUUUUCAACCCGAUGCAGCCCUUGUAACCCGAAAGCUGCAGAAUGUGUACCCUGUUUUCUUCCUAAGCAAUGGAGGAAACGAAAUCCACUCGGACAUGAGAAGAAACUUGUUAGACGAGGCGAUCAAGCUAUGCUUGGAAGGUGGCCUGCAAGGAAUUGUGUCUGAGGUGAAAGCCAUCUUGAGAGAUCCAAAAGCCAUUGCAAGAAUCAAAGACUCCAAUCUUUCCCUGAUAACAUAUGGCCAGCUCAACAAUGUGGAUGGGGUGGUGUACAUGCAAUACAAGAUGGGGGUUGAGGGAGUGAUUGUUGAUGUUGUUGAAGAGAUUAUUGAAGCAGUUUCAGAAUUCAAAGAAUCAUCAGAUAGUGGUGAGAAAGGGCAUUUGUGCAGAGAGAGAGUGAAGAAAAUGGGUCACUGCUCUGAGGAAGAAAUCUCCAGUUUAUUCAGGCUUGUACCUGAACUAAUGCAACAGUGUUGCACUUCCUGUCUAUAGUUGUUUCAUUCAGAAAAC